UGCGGGCGGGCGCCCAUGGCCGGAGCCGCCAUGGCCGAGUCGGGCGGCGGGCCGCCUCCGGCGCCCGGCACGGAGGGGCUGCCGCGCGCCUUCCUGCAGAGCCUGCGCACGCUCUUCGACAUCCUGGACGACCGGCGGCGCGGCCUCGUGCACCUGCGGGAGAUCGAGUCCCGCUGGCGGGGCGCCGACGCGCGCGAGCUGCCCCGCGGCGUGCUCGAGGGCCUGCGCCAGGUGGCCCCAGCCAGCGGCUACUUAACCUUCGAGCGCUUCGUGGCCGGCCUGCGCACCGCGCUGCCCAGCGCCGACGGCGGCACGCGGGCCCCUGCACGCGCCCCGGCCCGGGGAGGCUGCUCGGUGCCGCCCGGGGGCCAACCGCCGCCCCAGCGCCUGGUGUUCGCGCCGGCCGACGAGCCGCGGACGGUCCUGGAGAGGAAGCCCCUGCUCCUGGGCGCGCGCCUCCCGCCGGCUGGCCCAGGCGUCGCGAGUCGGAACCUGGAGAAGCCGUGCGGCCCGGCGGAGGCGGCGCCCGGUCCGGCGGAACCCGAGCGGCCCCAGGGCGCGGCGCUGGAACGGAGCCCGAGCAAGGACUCAGGAGCAGUGACCUGCAGGGCCUGGGAACUUGGCAUGGGGGAUGCCCCCUGGGGGCCCCGAGCCCGAGGGGAACGGCGGAGACACACCAUCACCAACGGUGUGGACUGUGACCUGCUGAAGCAGAUGAGGGAGCUGCAGCAGGAGCAGGAAGUGCUGCUGCAGGGCCUGGAGAUGAUGGCGCGGGGUCGGGAAUGGUACCAGCAGCAGCUGCAGCGCCUGCAGGAGCGCCAGCGCGGCCUGGGCCAGAGCAGGGCCGCCUCGGACCUCGGGGCUGAGGGCAGCCCCCGCCUGUUGGGGCAGCUGCUGCCCAAGGUGCAGGAGGUGGCCCGGUGCCUGGGGGAGCUGCUGGCUGCAGCCUGUGCUGCCAGGGCUCUGCCCUCGUCCUCCUCGGCGCCCCAGGGCCCUGAGUCGCCCUCGGCCCCCGACUGGCAGCAGCAGACCAUCCUCAUGCUGAAAGAGCAGAACCGGCUUCUGACCCAGGAGGUGACAGAUAAGAGCGAGCGGAUCACACAGCUGGAGCAGGAGAAGUCCGCCCUCAUCAAGCAGCUGUUUGAGGCCCGUGCCCUCAGCCAGCAGGACACCGGGCCCCUAGACUCCACCUUCAUGUAGCCGGCCCCGGGCACGGACAUGGGACCUUGCCGCCUGGCCGGUCUCUCAGCUCCGGGCAGAGGGGCAUUUCCUUGGCCCCCGCUCUGAGGCAGAGGUGCCUGGAUGUCGCCUCCCUCCUCCCUUCCCAUCUGGGCUUCGGGGCUGGCGGGGGGGGAGACUCCAUCUUGCUGGCACACAGCUUGGAGCCGCCACCAGUGUCAGUGGGGAGUGGGGACCCCGGCCUCAGCAGCUCUGGGCAGGCCUGCUCCCGUGUUCUGCUGGCCUGUGUCCCCUCCGCCUGGGGUCUCCAGUCCGUGGCCCUGCUCACUGCGCUGCUAACUGGCCUUGGAGCCCACAUUUGGGUGUCUCGGAUGGGGCCUGGAGUAGGCGACCCUGGGGUGGGAUGCCUCAGACCCAGUGGUGAUUGGCCCCGCGGGUCCACCGGCACAUUUCCUCCCUCAGGAUGAGGGGUCCCGCCUCAGCCAGGAGUCCAGGGGCUUCUACUGGUGUCCAGCUUCAGGUUCACUGCAUUCCUGCCUGAGCCAGAGCUGGCCUGCUUUCCCUUCCUCGUGGACCUUAGAUGCUAGACGAAUGGGCUGGCGGUCAUCCCUGCUGGCCCAGACUCCACUGAGCAAACAGUGACCCGGGCCCAGAGCCUUCCUUGGGCUUGCCAGGUAACCAGGCCAGGGCCGUGGUCACCAGGGCGGCUUAGGGGGCCCUCUGUGGGGAGGGCCCUGUCCUCAGGGCAGGCGGUAGCCCUCUGGCAUGCCCCAGGAAGUCCCAUAGACCCAGCAGCCUUAGCAGCACCCCACCAGAUGCCCGCUUCCUAGGGAAUGAAGACCAGCUGCCUCACUCCAAGCCCCAGCUUGGGCCUGGGUCUGGGUCCAAGGAAGGGGGACCUGAAGGACGCUGGAAGAGCCUGGCAGCGGGGCCCCGCCGGCGGUCGUUUGUUGCUUGUUCCCCCACGCCUGGCCUGCUCUCAGGGAGACCACCUGCUCAGCUGGCCUGUCGCCACCCCGGGAGGGGCUCCGAGCGCCCCCAGGGCCCUCCCCUGGAGCUGAGGGUGCCCAGGCUUUGCAGGCAGGCCGUGUGGUCAGGGGCCUGGACACACGUGGGUGCUUACAGAACUGGGAUCUGAGGGCUGACUGCACAACCUCAUGUGCCUGGGAGUGGCAGCCUGCCCAGAGAGGAGGGGUCCAGGGUGCUGCCCCCAUGGGGCCCAGCUCUGCCUGUGCCAGCUGGAGCCCUCCCCACCACCGGCAGCCAGUGGAGGAACGUGGUUGUCUCAGGUCCGCACGCAGGCUGCUUGACCUUGACCUGGGCAGGUUCCCAGGGAUGUGAGGCAGAAGAGGAGCUGGACCCAAAGGGCGGCACUGGGUCUCCAGCAUCCAGGCCAACUUGCCACGCAGUGACUGGGCCAGGCCCCACCAGGACCUCCCGGAGGCUGCCCCUUUCCUUAUUCCCCUGGUCGUCCCCCUCUGCCAGCCCUUGACCAGCCCCCACACCAGCUCAGGCCCUGAGCCCCUCACUAGGAGUCCGCUUAAUUCCAGAACUGAAAACAGCCCUCCCCAGCUCCGAAUCCUUCUCCACCCACGAAUGACUCAGGCCAGGCCAGGCCCCAGGCCGCGGGCCAUCCUGGCUCUGGGCUCUGCAAGUGCUGCUCUGGCCCCGGGAGCUCCCUCCCCCGCUUCACCUGACCAGCUGCUGCCCAGCCCUUCCCGAGCCUGCGGGGGCCGGAACAGCAGAGGUGGCAGCCUUUGCCCUGAGGGGCUCUGCAUCCCUGCUGAGAGCUCGGUGUUCACCCCAGGGGUACCACCCACUGCAGGCAGUCCCUUCAGUUGCAGGGUGAGUGGGAGAAACCCGUGACUUGCAGAGUGGCCUUUAGUGAUGAUGCUGGCCUUCCGUGCAGGACGGAAGAUGCACCCUCCUUAUUUGCAGCCUCCAGUGAGGCUGCCUAUGCCGCCCUGGAGACCCCAAGGGGAGAACUGUGAGCGCCUGCAGGCUGGUGAGCCCAGGUGGCUGGCAGAAGCAAGACAGCCUUUCCAGAGCAGCGAGUGUUAGCCACACGGGCAGCGUCUGGGGCCGGGGAGUCGGGGGCUGCCCGUGCCCUGGAGAAUGUUGAGCAGCAUCUGUCCGCUAGAUGCCAGCGACACUCAGUGUGAUGCCAGCGUGGGGGUGGGGGGCGGGGGCGAAGUUGCCCUUAGCUGAGCAUCCCUGCCAGAGCAGCUACACUAGGCCUCGGGGAUUCCCUGUGGACUGAGGCCCAGGGAAAAGGAGCAUCUCCAGAUUAAACCCUCACAAGGGAAGGGGCCACCGUGAGAGCCAGGAGAAAACAGGCUGUGACCAUUUCAGAUACUGGGAUGAUUAGAGAAGACACCGAUGUUCCGUAUAGCUGGAGAAAUAAAAGAGAUGCUUGAAAACA